UAUUACGGUAUUAUAAUUAUAAUUUAAAAAAAAUUAUUUUAUAAAAUUUUAUUUUAAUAAAAGUUUAAAAAAAUCAUUUGUUCAUCGUCUCUCUUUAAAUUUAAAAUGUCGAUGACGCCAAUGGCUACUAAAAACUGCACUCCCGAACCAUUCGGCAUGACGGUCAAACUCAAAGUCAAAGGCAAACUUAAAGUACUCUUUUUAUCCAACGGUGAGAAUGCAGAGGAAGACGACGACGACGACGACGACGAGGAUACACCAUCUGAUUGAAGACGAAGACGAUACCGGAUUCAGUGCCGGUUUUAUUUCGGGUUAUGCUCUCUCUGCUUCUCUACUCGGCAAACCCGAAUUUGGCCUCCUGAGGCCACCGGAAAUGGCUGCCACGGCUAGGACGGUUUGUGCGGCUCCGCUCAAACCCAUCAUUGCUGAUGCUGAUACUAGUGGUGGCAAUGCUCUCAAUGUUCAGAGGACUGUCAAAGACUUGAUUGCAGCUGGUGCUGCUGGAUGCUUUCUAGAGGUGCUACUUCUGUAGAUUUCUUUUGCAAAUGAUGAUGGCAACACGGAGUUGUUCCUUCCUUUCAUGGCUAUACACCAACUGAUUGAAAUUGAUUUUUCUUCCGGGAUCAAGCAUGGCCAAAGAAGUGUGGUUAGAAUCACCACCCUUUCGUUGAUGUUCGUUUUGACUGUAUUUUUCUGAAAAACUGGAAAAAAAAAUACUGAAAAACUGGAAAAAUUUCCACAAGUAAACGCAAGCUUGUGUUUUCAGUAAGCUGCCUCCAAUUCUGAUUAUUUUUCUUCAUGUGUGCAAACAGGUAUUCAUUUCGAUUUCUAGUCUUGUAGUAUAAGAGGUUCUGCUGAUUUUUCCUUAGACACCAGCUUUUUUAUUGGAAUAGCGCAUGCAAGGAAGCUAGAUGUCUCAUUUCUGUAGAUCUCUUUGUUAAAUUGAUGUAAUUGUUCCUUCUGGUAAAAAAUUUUAAGGAUUUACUGUCUUUACAUUCUCCUUUUCUUUGCUUCCUCAUUUUCUUCCUCUUUUUAGGUUAUACCUGCAGAAGAGCAUGCUGCCAAAAUAGCAUCUGCCAGAGAUGCUGCUGGGGAUUCUGAUUUCUUCCUUGUGGCUAGGACUGAUGCACGUGCAACAUCAGCAAAAAAUGGUCUCUCAGAUGCCAUUUCAAGGGCUAAUCUAUAAAUGGA